AUGGUAAGAAUGAUGCUUUGUUUAGUGUUAAUAAUGAUGAUGAAAGGAGUGAUGACCGAAGUGUAUAACGUUGGGGAUUCAGAUGGUUGGACUACUCCUGUUAACACAAGUUAUUCCAAAUGGGCGUCUUCAAAGAAGUUUCAUGUUGGUGAUACUCUAUGGUUCCAUUAUGACCCAGCGAGCCAUAAUGUGGUGCAAGUGAACCAGAUGGGUUACCAGUUAUGCAACAUAAGCAAGGCACGUGUGGGUGUAAAAACGUAUGAAACAGGGAAUGAUUCAUUCAGAAUAAAGGGACCAGGCCAUUACUACUUUAUUUGCAGCUUUCCGGGCCACUGUAAAGCUGGUCAAAAGCUGGAUGUCAGAGUCCUCAAGAAGUACCCCAUGACUACAACAACAACACCAAAAACGAUAGCAAUGGCACCGACCUCGCUUGCAAAUGCUCUCUACCCUAUUACCUCCUUAUUGUUUGGUGAUUGUAAGAACUUAGACAUGGCAACGGCAAUGAUGAAGAUUGAUGGCGGGAGCGGAGGUAGGAGAUGGAUGGAGAAGACGGUGGUUGUGGAUUAUUUGAUAUGUAUGAAUCGCGAGGUGGCAUGUAUAGUGUUGAAGGGUUUCAAUUGA